AUGGAUGCAGCAACUUUUGUUGGUGAGAAGUUGGAAAACAUAGAGUAUAGAGGGAAAAUUAAUAUGUAUCUGUAAGCAACGAUAAACUAUUGCUAACGAAAAACGAUUCUGAGAGGAAUUCAGUUGAUAGUGUUGCUUUAUCAACAAUAUAGAUGUCCAAUUAUAUUAUUGUAAAAUAAUUAAAUAAGCAUUAAACAUUUUCUUUAAUAAUAUUUGUUUAAUAGUGUAUCUAUAUUCCUUUUUUUUUAUUGCUGGUAGAAAAUUUGUGCACAGAAAAAAAGAACUCCGUAAUAUAUUUUAACUAACAACUACAUUUCUUUUAUUUUCCCGUUAUUUUUUCUAUUUUUCAAAUUGAAUAAGAAAACUUUUGGGAAAAUCGAAAAAUUACCUUUUCAGAAAAGGUGCUACACUUAAAAAUCUGAACCAGUCUUCUGGUAGAAAAGUUGCGCACAAAUUAAAAAAAAUAAACAUCUUUAUAAAUCCAAUACAUUCUUCGCUACACUCAGAGUCUAAAAUCACAAUUUCCCUUACGAAUAAUCACUUUUUAAGAAUGAUGAACGUUUUAUUUUGUACUAUAUAUUGUAUUGUAUAUUGUAUAAUAUUGUAUAUUAUCUACUCAAUAAGAAAAACCAUGACUGAAAUACAACGAUGCCAUCGAAAAACGUAAACAAAUCGCCUGAGGAGUAAAGAAUAGAUAACAGUCGUGUUCUAGAACGGUUAGGUUAGGAACCUGGUCUAUCCAUUCUUUAUGAUCUAUGAUCCCGAUGUAGAUACUGUAUAAUAUAUCUCGGAAAAUGUACGGAAACACCAUUAUCGUUGUCAGCGGUGUUUCCGCUAAAUUGAAUUUAUUUUAAUUUAAUAAAUCUCUUUUUCCGGGGGCAAACAACUUGGGUGUAUAACUAAGGUGACUUUACGUCCCGUUAAGAACAGGACAGUCCCAUAUUGUGUACCUCUGUCCCGUUAUUCCCUGGGGAAAUCUUCGGGACACAAAAAUGUCCCAUUUUCAGAAGGUAAACAAAUAAAUAACGAGAAUCAAUUGUGCACACGGCGGAUAAUGGGGCAUUUUUUUUUCUCGUCCCGUUUUCAUCAAAAAAACAUACGGUCACCUAACGCACCAUUAUCCGCAUUUAUCGGGAGGACGGUCGCCGUCUGGAGGAAAGUUCGGGCAAUCGGGAAACCGUCAUCGCCGGUCGCCACGGCGAGUGUCUGGCGAUUGACGACGGCGGUGGUGACGGUGGGGACGACACAUCACGGCCGCGUCGAGGACGGUCGCUGACGGUAGCGACUGACGUGCGGACGCCGCGGUUCAUUAUUCGCGAACCUCCGACGACGACUACGCGACGCGACGCCGCCGACAGCCGACCGCGAGAGACGAAUGCGCGCGCGCGCGGCGUCCUCUUUUCGUUAAAUACCGCGCGAUAUAAAAUUAUUGAAAAAUUUUCUCUCUCCCUCUCUCCGCGUCUCACUCUCUCUCUCUCUCUCUCUCGUUCAUUUUCGGAUAAAGAAACUUACUAAUCGUCGUCGUGUAUUUAUAAUAACAUUGUGUAGUGUUACUCGCGUCACACAGCCGUGUCGCAACAAUAUUAUUAUUUUCUACGAUUUUCACUCCGAACACCGCAACUACACGGCAUACGGUUACGGUGCGACUAUGCGCCGUGGUCGGUCAUCUGACGCAACCGGAUCGUCCGGUUAAAUCAUAACCUUAUCGCUUUUUACCGCGCCCGUAUAACUCCCUGGAAUUGGCCGCGGACUCGGUUACCGUCGUCGCAGAUAAAUACAAAUGUUAACAACAACAAUAUUAUCGUUAUUAUCCAACCGCUCAGACAUCCGGACGUAGGCCUGCGCCCGAACGCGCCACGGAACGCAGUCGUCAGCCGGAGACGACACACGCACGGAUCGCGACGAUAAAGACGACGACGACGACGACAACAAAAACAACAACAGCACCAACAACAACAACAUUACAACGCAGAGGUGUCUCCGCGUCUCCGUGACCGCCCUCUCAGUUCGCCGCCGACCGUCCGCACCAGUCUUCUUCUUCCAAACGCACGCGCCGGUACGUCUACAAAAAUAAUUAUAAUAAUACUACUACACCGACCUUAUUACUACGCUGCCGUUGUCGUAACGUCGGUAUAUUUUUUUACGAGACAAUUUUGUUUUUCGCGCGUCGAUUUCCGCGUGAAAAAGUUUCGCGUUGAUCAGUCAGACGCAUCGUCGAGGCGGGCGCUCUUCGUUAUUAUUAGUGUUAUUAUUACCGCGAGUCGCACAAAACCGCGCUCGUUUUAGAUCCUGAACAAAGCGAGGAUCGCGUAUUGGUUUACAUUUGAUUGGGACUUUUUUCGAUAGGAUUGUUAGCGACAGUUAGUGAAAACGAGGGGACGAAUAACGACUAAUAAGUAAUACUACGCUCAGCAUCGUUUUUCGUUAUCAAUGAUUCAUCGUUGCGUACAGAUAUUCUAUUAUUCCACACAAUAUCCUACCGUCCAACUUUCCCCCUAAAACAGCAACACAACCAUAGGCGUUUUUUUUAAAUUAAACUUGUUCUAUUUUGUAUAGACUUGAGCCGAUGUUACUGCUAAAACUCGACGUGCGGAAACAUUAUUCCCUGUCCGGUGCUGCUUACCUAUCGCCAUACAAUCCUGGUGACUCUGACGCGUUGACUUGAAAACGACUAACGUUUAUUUUAAAUUUGAUUUUAAUUUUUCAUUAUAAAUAGUAAUGAUUAAUCCGCGUUCAAAUUUAUUUUAUAUUUGGUUAUCAUAGUAUAAAGUGAAUAAUUAUUUGUGUUUUUCUCUUCGUGUAUAAAUUUAGGAAGACAUUUAAGGCCAUAACGGAAAUGAGUGAUUGAGAAAGUUGAGUGGCCUAUACCAGCGAUAUUUUCCGAAACAUAAGCUGUUAACAAAAAAAAAAAGUCAUUAGAUUGAUUGGAAAAAACGUUGAAUCGCUCUCUGAAUUUGUAUCAGUAACAGCCUAGAUAGACAUUGGGAAAAACGUGACCGACUUAAAAAAAUUACUCGGUUUGAAUUUUUCUGUCCGUCUCAGCUACCAAUCCGCGUAUUAAAUUUUAUCGCCGGCGACGUAUUUUAUUUGGGCAGAACAAACAAACUUCAAUCGACAAAUUAAUCUUCGUGAGAUAUGGUUGCCUAAAAAAUUAAUUUGAAAUUCCCAAGUUUUUGCAGAUUUUUCGCCACAUAAUUCUUCAAUAAUGAUUUCGACAAAUUCUAACUUUUAGAAUUAUCGUAGACAAACGCGUAUUCUUAAAAAAAAAAAAAUUGAAAAUCGUGAGUAGCGUGGUCAAGUGCAUGUGCUUUUGUUCCGUUAACAUUCCCCUUCUUCUAGUUGGUAUCUAUAUAUCUAUAGAUAGUCGUAAGAGUGCGGAGUGGACGACAUAUAUUUUGAACACGAGUAGUGUGUCGAGUACCUUACAGUCUACGCAUGAUCAGCUAUAAUUGUAAAAUGUACAAUGUAAAAACUUAGUAUAAGCGUUUUCAAACACUAUAUCUCGGUACCGAUAGGUCUAUUAAAAUUACACAGUAUCAGUCUCCCACGGAUUAGCUAGGCAAUUUGAAUAACGGUCGUAUAUUUCAAUAUGCCGCUUGAGUUGAUCCGCGACCGCAAAAACCCGUAUAAUUGUAGUGCUAAUAAAUCAAAAGAAAUUAAAGAAAUUAUGCUCCAAUAUAGAUUAAAGUACCUUUUCUGAAAGAAAAUUUUGUCUAGUUGGUACAUUAAAAAAGUAAUUUCUUGAUUUUCUAAGGAAUAUUCGAAAUAAUUGGAAAAAACCCAAAAAAAAAUGAUAGGUAAAACGACAAAUAUUCACGGCACACCGCGGCGUUACCGUUUUCAUUAUUUAAAAUUUAUACGGCUUAUGUUUUCUACCAAAAGUAUUUCUCCAAUAGAAAAAUGACAUGAGACCUUUUUUAUUAUAUUUUUAAUCUUGUCAGAAGAUCAGUGAAAAAGUAAUUCAUUUUUUUGUUUUAUUUGGUAGUUUUUCUAAUAAUUAAAAAAAAACCGUAAAAUACAUAGAAAGUAAAGAAAAAUGUACGAAAAUAAUUCUUUUAUAUUUUAAAAUUUGUUUGAAUAUAAUUCAGUUGAAAAUAUUCGUAGAAACUUGACACUUUGAUAAAAACUUAUAUUUGUUUUUUCUAGACGUUGUACAAUUUUCAAAACAUUUGAACCAUUUUUCGAGCUAUUUAUAGACAUUUUAAUUUUGGGAAUUUUGUAAAUAAUUUUUAUUUGGUUUCUGUGUAUAAAAUUGAACAGAAACAGAAAUAAACAAAAAUACUUACAAAUUUGACAGGAGAUACAUUAUAAUUCGUAUAUUUAGUGGUCAAAAUAAAAAUAUAUAUAUUUUUUUUUAUAAGAGUUUUUUUUAAAAUAAAAUGUCGACGAAAAUCGUAAAUAUUACGGCCUUUUAAAAUAAGUGUAACCGAACUUCGCCAGAAUCGUUUUUCGUUAGUAAUAGUUUAUCGUUGAUUACAUGCAUAAAUUAAAUUACUGUAUGUGUGCACCGCCUUUUUUAAUUUCCUCGUAGUAGGAAAAACUGGCAAUUUCAUCUAUAAUUUCUGAUUAAUUUCUGGUGUCACCUUGACAAAAAUGAAGGAAAAAAUACGGCUAAUAAUGUCUCGUGCUCUGAAUCUCGUUUCGUUAUCAAUGGUUUAUCUUUGCGCGUAAUACAGAUAAAAAAUAAAUUAUUCGUUAUAUACAGGUCCGUCUGAUUCUUCUCCUAGAACAGUGGCGCACUGUAAAUUGUUGUUUAGAAGUUGUUUUAAAUGCCGUAAAAAAAAAUUAAUUAAAUUUCAGUUGUACACAAUGUAACGCAACAGAAUCCAACGCGUCUUAAUUUAAGUAUUUAACCACGGUUAAAAAAAAAAAAAAAAUACUCGCACACCCAGAUCAUUUAAUGUUAAUUAUAUUAUGUUGAUAAUAUUGUAGGUAUAUGUAAUAGAUAUUCAACAAUAAUUAAUAAUUUAUUUAUUCCGGAUUCGAUGUGGGUUCGCCCCGUAACGGUUAUUAAUCAAACAGCAUACGUAGACUGCAAUAAUAUUCGAAUACCGUUCUAAUAUUAUUCGUAAAUUAUGUUCAAUGAAACAUUAACACACAAGCGGAUAAGACGGCGGCAUGAUUUGAAUAAAUAACAUAGUCGCAAAGUUGUAUGUGGACAUAAAUACCUAAUUACUAUCGGGAAAAAAACCGUAUCGUGUUGUAACAAAUCCAAUAUAAUUUGUUUGAAGGCGGUAAAAAUUACAUUAAAAAGAUAAAUACGGCCGGACUUAUAAUAUACGUUCAGUUUUUAAAUCGUUAUAAUCAAUACUUAUAGACUAUUAAAAUAAUAUGUUUCAGUCAAAUACCACUUAUAAAUGGUGACAAUAAUAGUGUAUAUAAUACGAUCGUUAUUAACGACGUUUUUAAUUGCUUGUUUCGUUUUUUUUUUUUUUUUUAGAUUCAGAUUGUAGCGAAGAAGCUAUUACAGUAGUUUUCCUAAAAGCACAUUUUUUUUUUGUCGUUAUUUGUAUCGUGUAGUCAUACUUGAUGCGGAUUUCCCGCCCGGUGGUACUCGCUGUGAUAUUUUUCUAAAAUUAAUUUGAAAACUCUCAACAAAUGACGAUAUUACAUCGGUUUAGUUUUUGUUAAUCAUAAAACGGGAAAAAAACAACUAACCUUAUAGGUUUCCUGAUCUCCGCUAAGAAUUGUUUUUCAAGUACAAUGAUUCAUCGUUGCUUUCAGUAUCUAUUAUGUAUAAACUAAACUGCCGUGUAUUAUGCUAUACCUUGUAGAUUUCCCACUUACAACGGUACAAACCCGCGGUGUAUGUCAGAAUCUUUUUUUUUAAAUUUGUAUUAUUAUUCGAUGUAUUUUAACAAUAGUACAGCAGUCUGCGGUAUUAUACGCGCGCCUCGCAGAUUAGUGAACAUAUUGUGAUCUGAUGUCAAUUAUCAUACAUUUUAAUAAAAAGCAAACGUGUGUCGAACGUUCGAUUAGAUUCUGUAAAUACGAGUAUUAUAUAAAAGGUGAUAGAGUAUAAAAUUAUUUACUCUUCAGAAAUGAAUAUGCACGUACGACAUAUACAGUGUGCUGCACUUAAAUGGUAACAAAAAAUAUUUCAGUAUUCGAAAACAAUUAAAAUAAUUUUUUUUUUCAACAUUGAGGGUUGCAAAAUGCACACGUUGAGCCUAUAUUCUUAAGUGUAACCGUUACCAUGGUUUGGGCAUGCGAAAUAAAACUUGCAUUUUUUUAAGUGAAACUCCACCAUUUUUUAGCACCAGGGUUGGUUCUAUUUUGUUUUAUAUACAAUCCUCUUGCUUAAAUUAAUUUAAAAAAUAAUUUUUUUCCGAUUUUAAUAAAAUUAAAAUAUCUGUUAUUUUAGUUAUCAUAAUAUGUAAUUUUCAUAACAUUGCAUUAUAAUUUUUUUUCCAAAGUCAAAUUUUUUCAUGGUUAAAUGUAUGCGUUUUAAUUUCUUUUUUUUAAAUCAAAAAAAAAAUCAUACUUUUAAUAAUAAUUUUUGAGUUAUAAAAAAAAAACUGUAUAUUAAUCAAAGUCACGUGUGAAAAAAUUUUACAUUUCGAAUUUAGUGUGAAAUAAAAAAAAUAGGUUUAUAUUCCAACUAAUAAAAUUCAUGUUUUAUUGCGUAUGAUCGCAAAGGUUACAAUUUUAAAAACAGUCUCAAAAUGUGUAUUUUAAUACCUACGACCGACCUUGCUGAAAAAAUUCUACUAAAAUUUGUCAUGUGACCAUUCAUGAUAAACACAGUACACUGCACUGUAUUAUUAUUACACACUUGAAAUCGUAAACUGUACUAUAAUAUCUAUAAAUUAUUAUAGAACGAAGCGUCAUACCUAUAAUAACUAACAGGUAUGCGUUUAAUGUUUGUGUUACGAAACUGUAAUCAUCCAACAAGUUAAACACUAUCUCGUAGAUAGGUAAUUACUUGCUCAUUAUAGUAGGUAUAAUAUUAUAGAACAUUACUGUCAAUACUCUUGGUAUCUUAACCUGCAAUCAAAUCAAUUGUAAAUAAAUUGGUAACUUUAAUUGGUUAUACGAUUUGUACAAAUGUAUAAAAACUAUAAUACAAUAUACCUAUAAUAUAAAAAUAGCUAAGUUAAAAAAAAAUUAUUUAAAUAUACCUAUAUAAUAUGUAGAAAUUUAAAUAAUUUAUUUCUUCGAGAUCAUUAAAAAUGUGAAAAAAGACCUGAUACUGCUGUUGGGAAUUCACUAUGCAGGGUGUCCCACCGUUCGACGGAUUUCCCUGGUGAUAAAAACAUUCUAUAUUUUUUUUUAAUCUGCCUUUCUUUGAGAAGGGGCAUAUAAUAUUGUGAGAAAAAUAUAAUUUAUAUUUUCAACCUAAAUUUCCAAAAAGAAAAAAUAACUUUAUUUAUUCAAUUUACAAAAUUUUAUAUAUAUAUAUAUAUAUAAAAUUAAGAAUAAUAAUAUUUAGAAUAAUAUAUUAUUCUAAAAAUUUUGAUGUAUCAUAAAUUCAAUUCAUUACAUUCAUUAGAUCAUUCAAUUUCUAAAGAAAAGGCGUGAAAAAUGCGUAACAUAAUUGGAAAUAACUUGAUUUAUUGUACCAUAAACUUAAAACGUUAGAAAUUGAAAUUACUAUUAUUAAAAAACUGUUGAUCGGGUAUAAAUGUAUGUAUGAUGCAUUACAAUGUUUUGAAUGUCUUUUACAAUGUGACUAUUUUGAGAAGUAAAUAGAUAAAAAGUUUCUUUCAGUGAUUAUGGGAUAAAAUUACAAGUUUAAUUUGUCUCUAAAUAGAUGUCUCCCACAAAGAAAAGCAGAUUGAAAAAAAAAAUAUUUAAUAUAAUAGUUCUAUAAAAAUGCAUCAAACACAGUUGCACAACUUAUAUUUUAUGAAUGGGUCAGCUAAGUCAUAGUCAUAGCAAGCAUAGUCAUAGGUGGAUGGAAAAUUUAUAAGCCGGUAGAAAUUAUGGAAUAUUUAAAAUUAAAUAUCUAUACGUAACAUGAUAAAUCAUUGCUAAUUAAAACCGAUUCUGGAAAAAAUCAAGUUAAAUAUAUUUCUAAUGUCGCGAUUUUGUAUUGAAAUUUGAACUUUAAACAGUCAUAAAAAGUUACAUUAUGUUAAACUUUUGAGAAGCAAAUACAACUUAUAAUUAACCUCGUGUAAAAUCGUCAAAUAUUUCAGGUUAACUGAAAAAAAUGUAUGCACAUUAAACCAAAUAGAAACUAAAAAAAAAAAAUCUCGAAAAUAUACGUUUAUCAAUUUUACCACGUCGGGAAAAGACCAAUAUAAAUAUUUUAUGAAAAUUUCAUGUACCUAUAAUUCUUUUUAAUCGAAUUAUCACAAAAUAGAAAAUAAUCCGUUAUUUCCGUAAUUUUCAUAUUUCUACGUUUGUAUCUGGCUUUUUUUCCAACUAUCAUGAAAACUAUAAUUAGAAAAUCGAAAAAUUUCGUUAUCAAUGAACCAACUUCCACAAUGCUACGAAAAAAUUGCUUGUUUUUUUUUUUUAAAUGGAACAAGAUUUCUAAUAAAAAAGUUGUGAACAGACAGAAAAAAAAAUGGUACACAUCAUAGAAAACCAUCACAAUUCUCGCUUAGCUCAGAAUCUAAAACAAAAUAGAAAACAGCGGAAACCGUCAUUGCGUAAAUUCUUUUGUUUUUCCUACGUUUUUUUUUCAUUUUAUUAAUAAAAAAUCGGAAUUGAAAAUCGACUCACCAAACAGACAACAUUUUCAUUAAAAAAAUAUGCUAUACACAUGAUAACUCAAGCUAGAUCUCUGGUGAAAGAGUUGUUCACAGACAGAAAAAAAAAACACAUCAUAUAAGACCAUAUUAUAAUAAAACCAUUACGUUAGUUACUAGUUACAUUCAGAAUCUAAAAUAUAAUUGAAUCAUAAAUAAAAAAAUAAUUUGUAUGUUAUGAAAAAAUGUUUGUAUAGUCCUUGAUCAUAGACGUCCGAAAAGUGAGGUCAAGACGGAGGGUAUGCUCCCCUAGCAUUUAAUAUGGUAAUAAAUUUGUUAUAUGAAAAUAUUUUUUCUGUGUUUUUUUUUUUUUUUCUAUCAAAUUAUACACUUAUUGAAUAAGGAUAAAAUAUUGAACUUUGCCUUCUCCCAGAAAUAUUUCUACGGACUUUAAUGCCAUCGAUUAUAUUUUGAAACAAGAAGAGCUGACAUAAAUAGGUACCACAUUCGUGGUAUUGGUAGGCCAUAUAAUAUUAAGGUGGGUAGGCGAGACGAAAUGGGACCCAUUAACCUACCAACCACCACCACCCAGAAACACCCUGGUUAUAUCCACUAAAUAACAUUCUCGCUAUGCCACUGUCACAAUAAUAAUAUCGGCUAAAUAUUCGACGUUAAUAAUUAUAAAUACAGUGGUAUAGCUGAGGGGUGGACGAUGUGUGGAUCGCCCCUUGGCAUUUUUUAGUUUUAAUCACUUAAACAUAAGCGAAAUGGCGCCGUCAUCGCCCAGUAUAAGUUGCUGUAAUAGCCAACCCUUGGACUUUUUUGGCUUGGGUUUUGGUCCUCCUAAAAAAAUGACUAGUCUGUAACGGAGAGGAGGCUAAGAACAUUCACGAACAAUGUAAGGCGGCCCUGUGUUCGACGCGAAUAUGGGAAGUUGGCGAAGAAGAUAUUAUAAUGCAGGAACUGCUGAAAAUGAUGAGCUUAGCAAAGGUAGCUAACUUCAUCAAAGGUCAAAGAAUUCAAUGGCUAGGUCAUAUCCUAAGAAGAGGAGAGAAUGACAUUCUAAGGGCUGUUUUUUAAUGGAAACUUCAAGUAAAACGACCACGGAGACGCCCCCAAAAAAAAUGAGUUGGAUUGACAGAGCGAUUGAUAGUCGAUAGAAUAUCUAAUCGCAAUGGGUAUCUAUAAAAGAUUGGCAAAAGAUGUUUUAAUCACAGCUAUAUACCUAGUCUAUAAAUAAUAAAAUAAUAUAGUAUCUAUACCCUUGGUGUACCUAUGACAAUUAUUUGUAAACCAUUUCCCUUGAUUGAACUCAAGAGUCAAGAUACGCCACUGUAUAUAAGUGUGCAUCGAUUUUUGGAGGCAAAUGUAUUAGUUAGGUAACUACUUUAAAAUUCGUAUUUUUUAUAAAAAUGUAAUAUAUAUAUUUACCUAACCAUUUUGAAAUGUCCGAAAAAUAAAUUAAGUAGGUAAUACCAUUGAUUAAAUAUCCUUAAGCAGGUAUAUUUAAUCAAUGGUAAUACAAAUAAAUGAUAGUACACCAUCCAUGGUAGCAUGGCGUGACAUUUUUAUCACGUAAACAAACUAUCAUUAUCACCAGUCCUGGCAUUUAAAUUUUCUUAUCACACGCAUAAUUUGUUGUUAUCAAAUAAACAUUACUACGUUUAAAGGUUUUAUUAUAAUGCAAAUUAUUAUACGUAAUUACUAAUUACUAACUACAAUUUUAAACAAUUUCGUAUUAUAAUUUGUAACUGUUGUUAUUUUAAAUACUUAUUCAUACACGGAACCUGCGUACUAUUUAUCACAGUAUAUGUACUGUGUCACUAGUGCUAAUGUAAUAAUAUUGUGUCGAAAACCAAAAUCCUUAUUUAUUUUUCGAUUUAAUUAUUCACACAACGUUCGGAUCUAAUUAAUAAUAUGCUGAAAGUGAUAUGUGAAUCGAUCACUGAAUACGAUUUACUACCGCCGUAUUACGAUCACCGUUGCGUUAGUAUUAUGGCACGUAAUUCAAACACCGCUGCCGGUAUCACGCUGAUCGUACUGUUAAUUUCUUAGCGUUCAUCUUCAAUCAAAAACACUGUCAUCAUAGUAAUGAUUUACAUGGUAAAUAAUUAUACGAAACAUUGUUCCAUUAAAAUGUACCACACAACAUACUUAUAAUGGAACGCUUAAAUAGAAAAUGUACAAAACUAGUUUGUGAAAACACAAUUAAAAUUUUGCAUUUUUUUUCUCCCCACUCUUUGCUGUGUACCUCUAUUUUAAUAAUAAUAGCACACAUAUGUGCUUGUGUAAAUACACAAAAAAAAAUAAAUAUAUUUACCACCUAUUGUUUAGACUGCGAUUGCGUCAAUGUGCCUACAAUUAUUAUGAUAAUUUUUAUUAUUUUUUUGUUUUCACUAGUUACCAGCGACUACCAUCAAUCGAGGAUCUGUUCAAAGAACCUCACCAUGAAGCAUAUUAUUCCAGUAACUUUUUUCUUAAUUGCUUACUGUAAGUACACUGUCAUUACUUAAGUACAAUAACUAGUAAUACAUCUGAGUAAUUUCCAACAGGUCUGUCUCGUUCGUCUGCGAGUUUGUUUUUCAAUACACAGGACAUAAUAUUGCUUGUGAAUGAUUCUUCAACACUAACAUUAACCUUAACGUAAGAACUUUGAAUGAUUGUUACCUACUUGUCAUUAACAAAAUAUCUCAAUAUUUAUGUGUAUGUAAUAUGACCUGCGUUUCAGGGACAAUGUACAAGAAAAUGUCACCCUAACUCUCAACACAAAUCAUAAAGACUUAUUGACGACCAAUGUAUCCAAAAUAAAUGUCUCAAAUUAUACGAUUACAAAGGAAUGGCCUAUAAAAUUGUUUGGUCAUGAUGCUGGUCACGACUUGUUAAAAGUUGAGACUUCUGAUCCUUCUAUAGAGUAAGAAUUCUAUGCUUUAUUUUAUUUUGUUUUUGAUCAUUAUGCUUAAGGAUCUAUCUUUAAAAAACCUACAAAAAUGCUUUAAAAAAACAACCAAAUAUUCUCUAAAAUAAUUGUUUUAUUGAAAUUAUAUUCUAAAAACUUGACAUACAACUAAUUUAUUAUUAUCAGCGGUAUUUAUAUAAAAACUUCGUUUUGAUAUGAAUAAUUUAAAAAUGAUUGAUCAAACUCAAUGCUUUUUUUAAUUUUAUUGAAUAAAUUGUAUAAAUUAAUUAUCUUUUUGGUGUAUGGAUUACACUUGUUUUAUGUUUCAUAAACUAAUUAGUAAUUACUUAAAAAUAUGAAUAUACCAAAGCAAAAGUUCUCAGUACCUUCACAAUGAGGCCCGAUAAUUUGUCAAAAAAUUAAAAAUGCAUAAUAAUAAUCUAUGUAAUAUAAAUAUAUUUCAGAUUGAAAUAUAAUAUAAUAUUUUGUCAAACUGAUGAAAUUCAAAAUAUUUAUAUUAACCCUACAAUGCAUUAUGUUCCCUACAGGUUACAAUGUUUUGGUUUGUCUAUAAAACAUUAUUUUAUUUUUGCUGUAAAUAAGUGCUCAAUGGCCAAAAAAAAAAAUGUUUAAAAAUUAUCUAAGUUAUGCAUUGUAGAGUUAAAUUGAUUCAGAAAGAUUUUGUAUUUAUUAUAAUACACUUUCAACGUUUCAUAUUAUUAUAAUAUCUUAUUUACAUUUUUUAGUGUUGGUAUUUGAUGUUAUUAAAAUUGCAAUUUUAAAAAUAUAUUAUUGUAGAUCUCGUAAUGCUUUUGUGCGAGUCACACUGCAACAUUCUAAUGAAUUGGCUCUGAUCAGUGUAAUUGUUGGAUGGAUUUAUUUUGUGGCAUGGUCAAUAUCAUUCUAUCCUCAGAUGUAUGAAAACUGGCAGCGAAAAAGGUAGCUCAUUAAUGGUUCUUUCUAAAAAGCCUAGCGUAUUACCAAUAUCAUGAACUUUCUCAUAUAAACUACAUUAUAUGUGAUAUAAGAGUAUAAACUAUCAUAAGAAACCUCAUAUUUUAAUGAAUAUGUAAUAAAUAAAAUUAUGUAAUAUUAAAUGUUUCUUUUUUAUUUUUAAAGUACGAUUAAAUUUAACUAUUCUAAAUUGUAAAUAUCUAACAGAAAGCAAAAUAUUUUAUGUACAUUUUUAAUGAUUGACACCAUUUAAAAAAUUAUAUAAAAUCUAAUUUAGAAAUUAAAUGAACAAAAAUAUUUAGGUAUAGUAUAAACCUUUUAUGGUUUAAAAAUUAUUUUUUUAUGUCAUAGUGGUUCAGGGACCCCCAAUAUUAUAUGAUUGGCUCAUAUUAAAUUUUAUUAGUAUAAUUAUUUUACAAAACAAACCUCUCAUUAAUAAUAAUAAUUUAUUUUUUUUUAUUUUUACAGUGUAGUAGGUUUAAAUUUUGACUUCAUAGCACUAAACUUAGUGGGUUUUAUUUUGUAUUCAAUGUUCAAUAUAGGCCUAUGGUUGCCUGAAAUUGAAGUAAGAUCAUUUACAUUUAUCAUGAAUUUUCAUAUUCUUCAAUCAAUUUGAGUUUAAUUGUUUUAUUUACGUUCGAAUAGCAAGAAUACUUGGCUCGAAAUCCUCGAGGACAUAAUCCAGUGCAGUUGAAUGAUAUAUUCUUUUCUAGCCAUGCGAUAUUUGCUACUUUAAUAACUGUAUUCCAAUGUUAUUUUUAUGAGGUAAUAUUAUAAUGUUCGACCAAAAUUGAUCAAUUAUUUAUGUAAAUUGUAUUAUUAUAUUAUUACAUCACAUUAUUGUCUAUAACACUUGUAUUACGUAAUUAUUUAGAGAAAAGGUUACAGUUGAAUAAUGUAUACUUAUACUUUGCAGAAAGGUGAACAAAAAGUUUCUCGGACAGCCAAGUCUAUUUUGUCCUUAUAUGGCUUAAUUCUAGCGGCACUAUUGGUUCUUGUAUAUCAACAAAAAAUUUUAUGGCUGGAUUUCCUUUAUUAUUGUUCAUAUAUCAAGUUAACCAUAACACUCAUAAAAUACAUUCCACAGGUAUGUGUUACCAAAAACAUACAUUGCAUAGUAAAAUCUUUUUUCAUCACUUAAUUUUAUAAUAUUUAGGGGGGGGGCUUUUUUUUUGUAACUAUUCAAAUGUUAAAAUUAAAUUAUUAGCAAGUUUUAUUGUAUGAAAUAUCAUAUCUGAAAUUACUCUAUAAAUUAGAUUUUGUUUUAUACAUACAACUGUAUUCAAAUAAUUAGAUUAAGCAAUAUUAAAUGAACUCUGUUAAUAUUUUUAUUUUUAUGUAAUUAAAAUUAAAUUGUUUUAUUCAUAGGCUGUAAUGAACUACAAGCGUAAAAGUACAAUUGGUUGGAGUAUUGGCAACAUAUUUUUGGAUUUCACAGGAGGAGUACUUAGUAUAUUGCAAAUGAUUAUUAAUGCAUACAACUAUAGUAAUUAUUAUUCUAUAUUAGAAAUAUGUUUUUUAUUUGAUCAUUAAUUUGAAAUUUCUUUUAGAUGAUUGGGCUUCUGUGUUUGGCGACCCGACAAAAUUCGGUUUAGGUGUACUGUCAAUUGUUUUUGAUGUUUUAUUCUUCUUACAGCAUUAUGUUUUCUACAGGUAUGUGCCACAAUUAUUAUUUUGCAUCGUGCAUGUCUUAGCUUAUUGCAUGUUUACUGUACUGUAGCCAUCAACUGCUUUUUGAGAAAAAGUCAAUUAAGAAUUGGAAAUUGUAACUUCUGUCUUGCGCAAAUGGUUUCGGUGAUAAUAUGAUUUUCAAAAAUGUACACCUUAAUAAAUCUCCUUAUUCUUUACUGUUUUCAGUCUGAAGAGUUCGAAAAUAUAUGAUCUCACAGGUCGCACAUAAUUGUAGUAUUGAAAUUAUACAUUUUUUUUUUUUUUUUAUGAUAAUUUGUAUACGUAAAAAAAUUAAUUUGUAUAUUUAAUUUAGAUUAGAUUAGUUAAUAUAAAUACUAAUACUUUUAUUCAAAUGUAUAAAACAUACUAUUAAUAUUAUAUUGUGCUCAAACAAUAAUUACUAUAUUUAUAUUCGUUCAAAUUUAAUUAAAAUAAUUAUAUUACUUUCUCCUGCGCACAUUAUUAAUCUUUUUAGUUUAUUCAUUAUUAAUCAUUUUCCCUUGGUUCGUUACUGUAUGCUUAUAGUAUAUUUAUUAGAUACAUACAACAUUCGAAUUUAUAGUACCUGUUUGUAGGUAUUACUCAAAGCUUAAACACAUUUCAAAGCAUUUGUACUUAACAUACUUCUUCAUGGAAAAAUAUUUAUCACUUACAAUUAUUUAAAAAAAAAAUAAAAUAUUUGUGAUUUAUCACAACCAAACAUUUAUUUAUUAUGAUUAUUAUUGUUAUUGUUAUUAUUUGUUUUUAGUGGAAUUCACUACGAAGAAAUUGAAAAUCAUAAUGUUGUAGAAGUAGAAGAGAAUGAGGUUAUUAAUUCAGAAGAGCAUACUAAACCAACUGAUAUACCCGACAGUCAGAUAUGUUAA